AUGAAGGGCAGACAUCUUCGGCGGCGGUUCAGCCUACAGCCGUCCUUUAUGAAGGACGAUUCCACCGAAGAACGGCCAAAGCGAGAAAAACCACUGAAAAAUGAUGAAAACUCCAUAAACUCAAACGUGCGGCACAAGAUCGUCAUGAUGGGUGCGGCGAAGGUGGGCAAAAGCUCCCUCAUCACACAGUUCCUCUACAGCAGCUUUUCGCCGAAGUACAAGCGCACAGUUGAGGAGAUGCACCAUGGUCACUUUUCGGUCGGUGGAGUAAAUCUGACGCUCGACAUUCUCGACACUUCCGGAUCGUACGAGUUCCCAGCAAUGCGUGCCCUUUCCAUCUCAUCAGCGGAUGCAUUUAUUCUGGUGUACGACGUCACCGACAGUAUCACGUUCGAGGAAGUGAAAGCGAUACGUGAGCAAAUCCACGAGAUCAAAUCUACGACGGCGGUACCAAUUGUGGUCGUUGGUAACAAGACCGAUUUGAGCGAUGAGGACGAGGAUCUGCGACAGGUGGCACGUGACACAACCGAAUCGAUGGUAACGGUUGACUGGGAAAAUGGUUUCGUCGAAGCAUCUGCAAAACUGAACCGUAACGUUACGCAGAUUUUCAAAGAACUUUUGGUGCAAGCUAAAAUAACAUACAAUCUUAGCCCGGCUCUUCGACGGCGGCGGCGUCAAUCGUUGCCCCAGCAGGCCAGCACCGGCAGUACUGGUGCACCACCGACACCCCAGGCAUCGCCAAGCGUACACGUUCCAUCCGUCGCCCAGCUGCAGCAUCUACAGCAGAUACAGGACAAAAGUCUCGGCGGCAAACGCAACUCGUGCAUUCUUUCCUAA